AUGCCCGGCACUCUUAAAUCCACCGCUUGCCAGACGUGCAAGACGCGCAGAAUAAAGGCAAAUCAUCCCACAGCCCUUGCUCGGCAAUACUGUGAUGAGAAAUGGCCUACAUGCAGCCAGUGUAUGCGGAAGAGCUUGACAUGUCCUGGGCCGACCUCCUUGAUCAAGUUUGUUAGUCGUCAUCAUGACGAGGGCCAGGGAAGACUGCCUGUAGAGAACAAGGCUAGCCAUGGAGUAGGGGUUUUGGAGCCUCUUCUAAGCAAACGACACCGCCCAUUAGAAGGCACCAAGAGCCCGGCUGGUGUUGACAAGGCUCUAACCAAAACAUUUCGUUUCCGAACCGCGCCCCGUCCGAAUCUGACCACGACGGCGGACCGCGUUGGUUCCCGCAUUGUUUACCAUCUCGAUGGCAAACGAGACUGGGGCUGGGUGUUCUCGAUGCACUACCUGGAGGAUCUGCCGAGACGUCUGUCGGAAAGCACUUGUUUACAGCAUACCGUGGGUUUGUUUUGCACGGUCUUUGGAGAGUAUCGUCGCGGCGAGUCAGCCAAGGAAUUUGUCACCUUGCCUGCCUACGGCAAGGCCCUUCGUAGCUUGCGCCGGGCAAUUGCGCCGGGGAAAACGUUGACAGUCGAGACAUUAGCAUCCAUCAUGAUGUUGGAACGUACGGAGAACGUUUUUAAUCGAGGGCGUAAUGCUCUAUGCAUAACUCAUUCAGCGGCAAUUGCAGAUAUUAUACAACAGUUGAGACUUCCAAAGCCCGAUGACAGACUCCACCGUGGUCUGAUUACUGACAGCUAUGGCACGAUGGCCCUUUACUUUAUCAAUACAGGCCGCAAUAACUUCAUCACAGAAGAGCCGUGGGGCGAACUUGUUGCAGACACUAUGGCUUCGUUUAUCGAAAACGAGGAGCUAAGACCGUAUUUCAAACAGAGUCUUACUACAUAUAACGAGGUCUUCAGGUCAGCACGAGACUUGAUACUUCGCUGCCAGGUCGUCCAUUCUGGGCCUCAAGAUGCGGAAGCCUCAGCACAACUGAUCCGAGACCUUGCCGGCGCCGAGAACGCUCUAGAGAGUGCAUAUAGCGAAUUACUUGAGAAAUCUUCCGAUUUAGGUCUAAUAUACGAAAUAAAUGAUCCCGGAUCACUCGCGGGAAACACCUAUCGGCCCUCACACGUCCGCGUGGCUCAAACCAUGGCAUCUUCAAUCGGCCUACGGCUUAACAUACUGCGCAUGCUUUAUGAUUGCAGCGUCAUCCAUGGUGCCAAUGACGCUGAGCUUUUAUUUACUAGAUUCAGAAAUUUGUGUGUGGAGGCGUGGAGGUUCAUACCAUUUGUUCAAGGUCUAGAGGCUUGCGUUGCAUCAAGCUCAAUAGCCUACCUUUUCCCGACCCUUGAAGUAGCAAAUGCUGAAGAAAAAGAGGCCCUGAUCGAUUUGAUCCUCAAUAUGGACGGAUACCUUCAUCGAUUGCCUAGAGAGAGAGACGCGUUGGAGAAAACGACCAUAUAUCUCACGAUGACGGUGACGGGCCGAGUCCCUCUUCCAACAUUAUAA